AGAGUGAGACAAUCGCGCGAUGGAAGUGAAGUUAUUUUGUGGAAUUGUGACUCUUCUGCUGCUGUUUGAUGGCGGACUGUCGAAAGGUGGUCCAAAGAGUCCACCGAAUAUCAUUGUGAUCAUGGCUGAUGACUUGGGAUCGAAUGACAUGAGUUUCCGGGGCUCCAAUCAGAUUCCGACGCCCAAUAUCGACGCCCUGGGCUAUCAAGGAGUCAUCCUCAAUCGACACUACGUGCCAGCGCUGUGCUCACCUUCCAGGGCGGCGCUGCUCACCGGCAAGUAUCCCAUUCACACGGGCCUGCAGCACUCCGUGAUUGUGUCCGAUGAGCCCUGGAGUCUGUCCACGAGAGAGAAGCUCCUGCCGCAGUACCUGAAGGAGUGCGCCGCCUACAGGACUCACAUGGUCGGCAAGUGGCAUUUGGGCUUUGCCCGGAAGCGCUUCACGCCUCUGCAGCGCGGCUUUGACUCCCACUUUGGCGUCUGGGGUCCAGGCCUCAGCUACUUCUCCCACCGCUUCGUCUUGCCAUGGGCGCCGUGGUAUGAUGGCCACGACAUGCGGCGCAAUGAGAACGUCACGUAUGAGUCCGCUGGCCAGUACUUGACCGACGUGAUCACGGACGAGGCCGUUGAGGUGAUUCGGCGACACGAUGACAAGCAGCCGCUCUUCCUCGCCGUCACGCACGUGGCGCCGCACGCGGCCGAGGAGACGGAUCCGCUGCAGGCGCCGGAAGAGGAGAUCCGCCAGUUUGGCUACAUUGAGGAUCCCAAGCGCCGGAUCUACGCCGCAAUGGUUGCGUCGCUGGACAAGAGCGUGGGCAGAAUCGUGAUGGCGCUGCAGGAGACGGAACUGCUGAGGAACUCCCUGGUGCUCUUCUACUCCGACAACGGGGCUCCCAGUCAGGGUCUCUACGCCACCACAGGAUCGAACUAUCCCUUGAGAGGCCAAAAGGCGAGUCCUUGGGAAGGCGGCAUUCGGCAGCCGGCUGUGAUCUGGAGUCCUUUGAUUGAGAAGCGCCACCGCGUGUCCGAUGAGCUGAUCUACUCAACUGACUGGCUGCCGACCCUCGUGGGCCUGUGUCGUGGCGACGUGAACAGCAAUCUGGACGGCUUCGAUCUCUGGAGGACGAUUUCGCGGGACAAAGCCUCGCCCAGGCGAGAGAUUCUGCACAACAUCGAUCCAUUGGGCGGCUACAGUUCCUACUAUCGCGACGGAUGGAAGUACGUAAAUGGAUCGAUGGCGCCGCAGUUUGAUGGGUGGCUGGGAAGGGUGGCCGGUGUGGACAAGGCUCCGGCCGCCACUGCUUACGCGGAGAUGGUCAUGAAGAGUCCAACGUGGCGAGCUCUGGCGCCGCUGGCGGCGAAGAGACUCAAGGUGGCCGACAUCAAGCGUCUGCGCGAUCGCACGCAGAUCAGGUGCUCCAGAUGGUUCAGAUCGAAUCCCUGUGAUCCACAGAAUGCGCCUUGCUUGUUCCACGUGGACACAGAUCCGUGCGAGGAGAACAACUUGGCCAGACGGUUUGGGUGGAAGCUGAAGCAGAUGGAGGAGCGCGUGAAGGAGUUCCAGCAGAGUGCUGUACCGCCCAGAAACCGCCCCAGCGAUCCCAUGUCCAAUCCUGUGCACUGGAAUGACGUCUGGACUUCCUGGCUGGACGAGAUGUCAGUGUAAAAGCCAAUUGGCAGUGGUGAAUAAACAA